AAAAAACAUGUUCUCAAUGUGGAUUUACUGUAUCGGUAUACUUUGAAGCACAAUCUCGUCGUGCUGACACAAAAAUGACAUUAUAUUACGCUUGUGGAAAUCUUAAUUGCGGAUAUCGUUGGACAGAUUUUGAUAAUGAUAAUACGGACUUUCAUGCUAUACAGGAUGAGGAAUAUGAUGACCAAGAUUAUCUGGGUAGAGAAGACUAUGAUGUAUCUAACCAAAUUGAUGAUCCAAAUUAUGAAGAAUCUGAAGCUAUAGACACUAGUGCUGCUCAAUACCAGCAUAAUCCUGAAGAUUGGUAA